AUGCAGAACAUUAUCUGCGCUGUGCAGAACUGCUCCGGUGGUUCAUCGGACCCUCAGCCGAUCUUCCGGUUUCCUCAUGAUCCCCAAAGGUGCAAGAAGUGGGUUGACCAUUGCCAGAGGAAGGAGCUCCUGGAGAAACCGGCGGAGCAGCUGUUCAGAUACUACAGACUGUGUGGGAAACAUUUUGACACGUCUGCGUUUGAUGGUGAUGCUCCAGGUACAGUGCUGAAAGUUGAUGCCGUACCAACUAUUUUUGAUUUGGCACCUCAACCUCAAACUGAACAAGUGAAGCGUGCUAAAGAGACGGCCAAAGAUGAAGAAACGAGCAGUAAGGGGAGAAAACGAAUCAAGAAGUGUCAAGAUGAGGUCUCUCAGGAAGAUACCCAGGUGGUACCAGAAGAACAACAAAAGUAUCUCAAGUGUUUAUUUGAAGCACUUCUUCUAUUGGGAAAGCAAAGCAUUCCACCUUCAGGGUCAGCUGAUGAUGAAGGCCUUAGAUCAAGCAGCUUUCAUGCUUUGCUACAAUGUAGCAUGAACUGUGGAGAAGAAGUGCUGAAGGAGAGGUACGAUGCCUCAAAGCAGUGCUGCUUCUCAGAGGAGCUCCAUCAGUUGGUUGAGGUGUGUGAGAGUUAUGUGCGCAGUAAGGUGAUAGAGGAAGUUAAACAAAACGGCUUUUUUUCUUUGCUCACCGAUGAGCCUGUGAAGAUCUCUAGCGACUGGUGCCUCCCAGUCUUUCUUCGUUUUGUGGCACAGUCUCAGUGCUUGCAGGAAAGAUUUGUGGGGUUCUUGAGCAUUGAAGAAGAUGGAGAUGUUGUGGCUGAAAAAAUGUUGUCCAUAUUGACGGACCAAUGGGGUUUAGAUAUGGACCAGUGUAGAAGCCAAGCCCACUCCUGCUCCGGGACACGUUUCAGUAAAGUCAAAGCUUUUGCUGCCAAAGUGACUGAGAGAUAUCCAAAGGCCGUGCUUACCUUUAAAUCUACUCAUGCCUUGAACGUGUCACUGGCCAAUAGUAUCAGACUCUCGGGCGUUCAGCUUGUCAUGUCCACCUUUAAGAAGAUUGAGUCCUUUUUCUGUGAGUCACCUUUGUUACAAUUAGAGUUUGAGCAUGCCAUUUCCAUUUUCUACCCGGACAAAGAAGACAAAGCCAACGAGCUGAAGGAGAUCUGCCGUACCAGCUGGACCAAACGAAACGAUGCAUUUGAGGUGGCAAUGGAAGUCAUCGAGGCGCUGCUACUCUGUGUGGACAGUGUGCACGACAACGAGGACAUGAGGUGGACGGACCAAGUCACACACAAUGCAUUAGACAUCUCAAAAGCACUGACUGAUUUUGAGUUCAUCAUGGCGUUACUGGUGCUGAAGAACGUUACAGUGCUCACCCAGGCUUUUGGGAAAAACCUUCAAGGGGAAGCAGCAGAAGCCCAUUCAGCUGCAGUUUGUUCAAAAGCUGUAACGGACUCCCUGAAGGAAAUGUCUGACAACAUGGACGUGUAUCAUGACUUCUGGUAUGACGAGGCUGUUAACCUAGCCACAGCUAUGGAGAUCCCAGUGAAAGUUCCUCGACUGUUCUUGAGAAAGCACCAAGGAGAACCUGGAACUAUUCAGCCAGACACUUACUAUAAGGAGAACCUGUCUGUUCCCAUUGUGAACCACAUCAUCAAGGAACUGAAUGAGCUCUUCUGUGACACCCACUUGAAGUCCUUGAGGUGUUUGUCUGUCAUACCUGUCAUUAUAGAGCAGAACAAGGCUGCACAGCCCGAAGAGGAAAACAUCCAGAUAUUUAAUGGUGACAUCCCAAACCCUGGCAGCCUUUCUGCUGAGCUGCACUGCUGGUCGGUUAAAUGGAGCAAAAAAGCCAAAGGUGAGACAUUUCCUUCCAGUCUCCACGAGACACUGCAGCUGGCAGAUGUCAAGUUCUUUCCUAACGUGCUGGUGAUCCUGAGACUUCUCAGCAUCCUGCCUACCUUGGCUUUCAAGAACAGCUGUGAUGUGGCGUACAGGCACUUCGAGAUGUACGUGAAGAACAUGGCCGACACGUUUGAAUCAAGAAGUCUAGCUGUGCUGAACAUGAACUACGAUGUUGAGUUUGAUCUGGAUGCGAUGGUUGAGAUGUACAUGGAGAUGUACCCAGACAGUCAUGAAGAGUCUCCUGAGCUUCCAGACUGAUCAAGUGGGUUAUUUUCUAGGCCUCGAAUUAAAGUCUGACAUCCUGUUGGUCGUUUUAUUUUAUUUGUGGGGUUCAAAUGUAGAAAUGGCAGGAAUGACACAGUUUUCCAGUCAUGGGUCA